GGAGUCUUAUUUUUUCAAACUCUCUUGUUUCAGGAGAGGGCGAUUGAAUUUGUGGGUCUUCUUCUCCGAACUCAAUUUUUGACGGAAGUAACCCAAAUACAUUGCGUAGUAUGCGUUUACCACGCGUAUACCGCCAUAGAUAUUCAUUGUGAUCCUAGGCUUCGUGCCGGACUCAACAUUUGUUGGCCAUCAUUAUCUAUGUCAUACAAUACAAUACAAUUAAUCUCGCUUUUUUUUUUUUGUAGUGCGAGCGAGUUCCGAUAAGUCAAAACCUACCUGCGUACUUUGCAAGCGAGUUCCGAUAAGUCAAAACCUACCUGCGUAUUUUCCGCGUGGAUACCGGCGUAGGGGGGAGUUCUUAAUCUCCUGAACAACUACGCUAAUGCCCCUACGAUUUUAAAAUGCUGAACCCUAGGAGUAAAGGCAGGAGAAAUUACACACCUAGUACCUGCCACCGCGAACGAUGUCCGUCUCCCCAUCGCACAGUUUUCAGUGCAGACUAUUGCGAUAGAAAUUUCUUUCCCUGGCUACUGUCCAAGAAAACCAAAAUCAAAACAUUAUCAUGGAAAACAACUGCUGGAAAAAGCAUCCAAUAUUAAUUGUGCAGACCUCGUCUGUGAUGUCUGAACGAGGCCAGAACAUCUUUCGUGGUCCGCCAAAAAUAGAAAUAUACAGUAAACAUGGUUUGAGUUAUUUCAAUACAUUGUUUGUUGUGGUCUUUAUAUAUGCACUGGAGGAGCUUGCGGGGGAAGUGAUUAUACUAACUGGUGAGUUAACUUAGGUGAGAGAAAAGAUACGCUCUCUGGAAGGUUCCUGGACGACAGUCGACAAAAAAUGUCGGCUGAGGGACCAACUAGGGAGAGGGUUGGGGGCAACGGGCCCCGCGAACCCCGUCGUGUGCGGUGCGAAAAAUGCACUCACGCGCGACGCCGCCGGUCGAUGCAAUGGCGCAUCUCGGCGAAGGCGAACCACGGUUCGCGCCUCCGCGGAGGCUCGGGUGCGGUCGGGUGAGAGCGUUAAUGCUACACCCACGGGGCGGAGUUCACAUGCAGAGCGGAGCAGAGCGGAGCGGAGCGGAGCGGGCUGCCGGCGCACGGGCCAAAGCGCUCGUGCGUAGGCCGCGGGAGGGCCAACGCGCCCUCCGGCGGUGCGGUGGGCAGGCGCGUGGCGCCCAGUGGGGGGUGCUGGGGAGCUCGUAA